AUGGAAGACGAUACUUCCACGAACCCUGCUGGCGUUACACCACCUCGGCUGUACGGCAUUGUUGGUGCUUAUAUACAGAAGCAGUUGCCUCGAGAUAUCCACCCUGCUUAUAAAGCACUGAGAGAUCAUGGUGAAGUAGUUACUAUAUCCCCACAGCUACGUUCAACCGAAGAGACGACGUUGCCUUCGCUGGCCGAGCAGGAUCAGGGAAUCAGAAUCGACCAAGUCAGUGGAAACAAGGACGACGUCAAUGAUGAAGAUGGUCUUCCACUGGAAGAAUUGUACAAAGACGCUGCGAGUGAAAAACGACUCUUCAAAGCGGCCAUUGAAGCGUACGAGAAAACAACCAAGGACUCAAAGUACAUGACGAACAUCAUAAGCGAUGCGACGCAUACAUGGGAGGAUGUUCUUGCGGAAGUAAACGCUGCAUCCGAGCGCUACAACGAUGUCUCUGGCUUUUGGGGAAAGAUUCGCAAAGGCCUUCGUAGCUUUGGCGCCAACAAUCAAGUGUUUGACGCCUGGACAGGCCUUCUACCAACUCAAUCACAGUACCUUUCUAUACUAUGUGGGGGUCUAAAGCUUAUAUUCAGUGCUGCGGCGCGCUUGCAGGACCUUCGUAACGGUAUCUGCGAAGCCUUAGCGGAGAUUCCAAUUUUACUCGCGAGCACACAUAGAGCACUGGGCGCCUUCAAAAAGUCCAAAAAACUUCAUCAAUGCAGCGCCGCUCUCUAUUCCGCCACGAUAAGUGCGCUACGCCACAUUGUUGACUGGUACAAGGAGAAAGCUAUAAAGAAGUUCUCCAAAAGUAUUCUCAAGCAGAGCUCCUACGAACAGCAAUCGAGCGAUUUGAUUAAAGCCAUCAGAAUCCACGCUCAGAAUUUCGAUGAUUGUGCGAGACUUUGCGCAUACGAGACCAUAGUACACACGAAUCAGACAGUCGGGUCUCAUUACAAAGAUUCGCGGAAAAAUUACCUGGACAUUGCGGGACAAUUGGAUCGUUUCAAGAUUGACUCAUUUCGGCAGAAUAAUCUGCUGGGCAAUAUUGUCGUGACCGAAGCUGGGAAUACGCAGCAAAUGAUGGGGGUGAUGGCGAGCAGGUUCAACGAGGUGUCAGCAACUAUGAUGAAGGAGAUGAAAGAGACUAUUGUGAAAGAGACGCUCGUGAACUUUCUUUCCAGCAGCAAUAUGAUGGACUUCAGGACACAAGACGUGAGAGGGCCAAUGCUUCCUGUACGCAAAGUAGCACCGGAAUCCCAAUUGCUCCGAGAGGGUCGACGUUAUCGGCAGCAGCUCUUGACUGGGCUCGAAUACGAAGAUUCCGUGCUUGAACAGGAUGUACAGGGCAAACUUCAAACAAUCUGGACAUCCCCGAGGCAAGACCAGGACCGCGUGGUGGCAAUCAUGCGCUCCCAUAAGCUACACAAGUGGAUCACAACCACUGAUUCUUCAACUUUGCUCAUCAACGCCAACCACAAAGGGUCCGCAAGGCAGCAACCCACGUCCUUCAUCUGCGCAAAGCUCGUUGAUUCCAUCAUGCCUUCUUCCACUAACGCGCAGCCAGAAUCUCGAAUGACCCUCCCCCUUGCCUUCUUCUGCGGCGAACACCUACAGAAAGAUGACCCAGACUGUGGACCAGACGGCAUGAUGAGGAGUCUGCUCGCACAACUCCUUCUCGCUUAUCGCGACUUUGAUCUCCGCACCGUUCAACGAAUGCAAAAUUUGAACUACGACGACGUGAACGAUCUAUGCGAUGUCUUUGACCUGCUCAUCGCGCAACUCCCGCGUUAUGUCGUGGUCUUCUGCGUUGUUGACGCUAUCAGCUUCUACGAAGACAACCCCACAGUGUGCGAAGAGGCUACGACAGUGGUACAAGCCCUGGUGGAUGUUGUGGAGCGAACAAAGGAACACGGGUGUGCGUUCAAGUUGCUUUUGAUGAGUCCGUGGAACAGUCGCGUGUUUUAUAAGAAUAUGCUGGAUCAAGAAGGGGAUGUGGUUUGGAUGCCGGCAAAGGUGCCUGCGCAGGGCGGUUUUACCGCGAUGAAGUGGAGUGCUAGUGUCGAUUCAAAUCUGGUAGUAACAGAUUCAAGACUAGGGAGUGAGUGA